AUGGAUGAAUUACUUAGUGAGUACAAUAAAAAGCGCCAAACACCAAUACACGUUGCUACUGAAGCAAUACCAAUGGAUACUAUAGGUGAAAAAUCAAAAUCUUACAAUAAAGAUAAAGAAAAUAUAGACAAUGCAACCGAUUUCCAUUUGUUGACAUUUAAAACAAUAUGGGGUGAAGGAAAAAAUGAACAUAUAAAGAAAGCAUUUGCAUGUCUAGAUGGAAAUCGACGAACUUGUUUGCAUUUGGCUGCUACCAAAGGUAACUCAUUCAGCAUGCUUGAUCAAAGUUGUCGUUCUAAUAAUUUAGGUUAUCAGGAAAUUGUUAAAUUUUUGGUCGAAGUAGUUGACUUAGAAAUCGAUGCUGUAUGUGAUCGUCAUCUGACUCCUCUUCAUCUUGCGUGUUUCUCAGGUCACACUGACACAAUUAAAUAUCUAAUCAAACAUGGCGCCUCACCAAUAUUACGCAAUGCUGCAUUGCACAAUUGUUUAGAAAUUGCUAUCGUGAAGCAACAUAAAGAAACUGUCAAGAUGCUUCUCGCACAACCAAACAUAUGA